UUGGGUAUACAGAUAAGUGAAAACAUGACCCUGCUACAAUGCUCAACUGUGGCGCUGUUUGUGGCCGUCUCCGUGUCAGCGGCAUUGGCAGAAAGGAUCAUUGGGGGACAGGAGGUCACCCCCUACUCCAUCAAAUAUCAGGUGUCCCUGCAGACCAGUAGUGGACAACACUACUGCGGAGGAACACUGGUGCACCCUCAGUGGGUGGUCUCUGCUGCCCACUGCUGGAGACCGAGAAAUCUGAUGAAGGUGGUGCUAAGCGAACACAACCUGAAUGUGCAGGAAGGAUUUGAACAAGAGUUUGACAUCGCAUGGUCCUUUUUCAACAACUUUAACUACAGGACAUUCAACAACGACAUCCUGCUCAUCAAGCUGGAUAGACCAGCGACGCUCAACGCCAACGUCCAGCCAGCCGAGCUGCCGGAUGCGGACACCCCUCUCGUUGCGAAUGGCGUGUGCACGGUCAGCGGCUGGGGUGUGACGCAGAUUUACUCCAGCUACCUCUCUCCCGUGCUUCGUUCCGUGGACGUGACGUCGAUCCCUUUGUGCCAGUAUUAUUACUGGCAGAUGAUCACUCCCAACAUGCUGUGCGCGGGAUCUCGAUUUGGUGGCAAAGAUUCCUGCCAGGGUGACUCUGGUGGCCCCCUCAUUUGCAACGGGAAAUUUGAAGGCAUUGUCUCCUGGGGUAUCAGUUGCGCAAAUCCAUACUACCCUGGAGUCUACACCAAAGUGAGGAACUACCUCAGUUGGAUCAGCGAUACCAUCCAAUCAUAUAGUGAUUGACAAGGUUAUAAAAUAUUGUCAAAUCAAAUGACUGUUGAUUAUAAACACAAUCUUAGGAUACGCUGCUUAGAGCCAAGGUUAUCAGUCAUUUCUUGAUUCCUGGUUUCCUAGAGAUGUGUUUGGAAUUCCCUGAUUUUCAUUCGUACAUUAUUCUGAUAAAGAAAUAAGAUAAAUAAAUUCUUUAUUAUUAUUGGUAUCAUUAUUGUUAUUAUUGUGUAGCUGGGCAAUGUGGUUCAAAUGAAUGACAACAUAACACUGUAACUGUUAGAUGAUUCUGGGUCAUUUACAAAAGUUGAUUGAAUCAUUGAAUCAAUGAGUAAAGCAACCAUACUGACAUUAAAGAUGAGUUGUCAAAUCAUAGUGUUUGAGGGUUCUGUUGCAUUUUGAACACUUCCUUCGUAGUUUGCAUAAUUUACCCACGACUCAUGGCGUUGACGGCAUUACCGGUGGAAGCCUUUAAAUAGACACAGAUGUUUCAAGAUGGAAAAUGAAAAUACACAAAAGCAGAGAAAAGCAGGCAGAGACUUUAUUACACAACUGCUUCAUCGACAACCAUUUAUUUUUAAGGUUAGUCCCUGGAGUAAGAUGAUUUUGAACAUGGUCAUGACGCCCCCUGUUGGUUUUAAAGAGUAUCAUCAGACUGAGAACAGCUUGUUUUAAGAACAGUUCUCUCCCUCUCAGCGACACUUCCACUCAAUCUCUUUUGGAUCGAAGAGCUUUAAUUGUGUCUUGACAUUAAGGCCCCUGAAUUAGAAUG